GUAACUAUUUUUAUGAUGUAAACAUAUUUGAAACAAUGAGGUUCACCCCUCAAUCUGGUACUAAUUAUAUGCAUUUGGCGUCAUUUUUUUCUUUACUAAUUUCAGGGAUGCAAUUAGAUUUGCACUCUCUUUAUACCUGUUGAUUAUAUCUAUUUGAGUUUCUGCACCUUGUGUAAAAGUGGAACCUCUAUGCUUGAUCGUUUCUGAGAGCUGGAGUUUCAUUUUCCCACUUGCAAACUUCGAUUCAAAAUGAAUCUAUUUUGGUCAACCAUCCUACUGGCAACGUUGCUUAUAAUCUCUUCAGGCUUAGGAGUUGAAGUUGUUAGUUGCAUAACAAUUCCAGAGCAUAUCUGUCAUGAGAAGAUUUACACCAACAAAUGUCAGCCAAAAAAAUGCACACAAAAAUGUUCAACAAAACCAAGUGGUCUCCUGAAGAAUGAAGCGUAUGAAAGAGAUUGGCGACUUUGAUGACUUCCUUUCUUUCGGUCUUUUUUUAAUUAUAUCAGAUGUCCCUGAUGGGACUUUUCUUUCUGUCUGGUAAUGACUUUUCUAACAAGACCACUGUCUUUUCACCACUUCAAGUAAACUCCAUCAUUAAGGGAGAAGUUCGCUAAUUCUGGUGUUCUAAGGAAGUUCUCCUCCCUCUACAAUCGGGUACAUAACUAUUUUUGGUUACAACUUUUGGUGAUUCAAUCAGCAGCAGAAGAUGGAGAUUGGGCAAAGAAACGACCAUUUCAGUCCUCACUGGAAAAGGGAUCCGUCUUUCAUAGAAGGGCCAGAUUCUGCAGGAUCAUUUAGUAUUCCGGUCCAAGCUUUGAACAUCGCAUGGGGAAGAGACCAUCGUUACUGGCGAUGGAUUACGCUUGGCGAAGACGAAAAUAGGUCAGUUGGCUUUGAGCAAGCUGUAUUACUCGAUCAAGUGAACUGGUUUGAAGUGACUGGAAUGUUGGACAUUCCAUGCUUGAACUUGGCCGUGCACACCACCUAUAGACUAUACUAUGUAGUAAAGUUCUUGCCUGGUGCAUUUGGGUGGCAUACGGCCGAUGUCAAAUUUAUGGUGAAGUUCAAAAAUACUCAGGAGAUCAUGUCUACUGAGCUCAUCAUACUGGAGACCUACAAGAAGCAACCUGAUCAGUGGCAUGAGAUACCUGGUGGUAAACCCUUUGUUGUUAACGAUGAAGUUCUAAUCACUACCGUUGAGUUUGGAAUGUUUGAAGUGGAAACUGAUUGGUGGAAGGGUGGCAUGGUACUUGGAGGGGUCAAAGUUAAACCAGACAACCCUCCUGCCACAGAGCAGCAAUAAAUAAGAGUCUUUACUAUUGUUCUUAUCAUCAUUUUUUCCUUUUUUGGAGAGAAGGAAAUGGAUAAGAUUUGAGGAAUAUUGAGCUAUGUUGCAGUCGUUCCUUCUCUUCCAAGGCCUUGGAAUGUGUUUAUUUGUUUAUCCUCGGGUGAAGCCGGACACCAUCUCAAUAUUUGUGUAUGCGCAUGCUUGAAAAAAUCAAGUGCUGUGGUUAUGGUUUCCAGACAUCCUACCUUGCUGCUUCCAGGGCAUCUAACCAAUUCUUUAUCCAUUUUGCUUUUUUGGCAACAUAUUGAGUUGUUCCCUUUUCUUUUUUUUUUGUCCCCUAUGGGAAGCAACAUUUCUAGGAUUAAAGAUCAAUUUCAUUUCCAUUGUAAUGA